UUUGAAGGAGAUUUUGAGCAUCUCUGGGGCAGGAAGGGGUGAAAAAAAAUUGAACGGUUCAGACAGCACAGGAUGGAGUUGCCGUGAUUGUGUUGCUAACAUCAAAAUGCUGAUUUCUUAAAAAAAAAAAAAAGCUACAAACUAAACUUUGUUAGGUUUUUUUGUGAUGCUCUGCUCAGUCCCCCAAAUUCACAGAUAUUCCAGCUGUAAUGGUGACUUAUUUCAGAAGACACCCAGGUGUGUGGGGAGAACAAAGGAAUAAGGAGAAGAGUUCAAAAACCUAGGAAGUUUUCCCUUAUCAGUUGCUGCAGGGUUGCUUCUGCGGUUAAGUUACACCUGUGGGAGGGAUGCUGGGAGAGCAGGCUCACGCUCCCUUGCUGGAGCCUCGUGGACAAAGUCCUCCCCAGGCCCCUGCCAGGAGCUGGAGACUUUAGCACCUGUGGUCACAGGCCAAAGCAGCAGGAAGAGUUUGAUCCUGUAGUGACAAACCUGGCUUGCUGCUUCCCCCCAGGUGUGAGGUCACCCAAGCAUGGCCACCCAGAUGUUCGAGGGGAGAGGGCAUGCAGCCAUUUACCAGAAAUACAGGUUCGCACCAGGCAGAGAGCUGCAGCAAACCAUCCUUGCCUACUUACAGGAAAAGAGGGCAAACCCUGUUGAACUGGUGGUGGAUGUCGGCUGCGGGUCUGGACAAGGCACCCGCUUCCUUGCAGAGCACUUCAAGAAGGUGGUGGGAACGGACAUCAGCGAAGCGCAGAUCCAGGAGGCCAGGGACACCCCCUCCCUGCCCAAUGUCUCCUACCUCGUCUGCCCUGCAGAGGAGCUGCCAUUCGAGGAUGCCUCGGUGGACCUCCUGACUUCAUUUACAGCUGCGCACUGGUUUGAUAUCGAGAAGUUCAUGAGAGAAGCGAACCGGGUGGUUAAGCCAGGUGGUUGCGUGGUAAUCAGCACCUACACUGUGGACAUGAGUCUGCGCUAUGGAAACUGCUCCCAAAACCUGACCAAAGUCUUCAGGGAGUCCUGGGACCUGCUUUUGAAAUACUCUCAUAAUAGAAUAAAACUUGUCUUGGAAGACUACAAAGAGAUCUUUGAGGCCUUGCCGUUUCCAGACAAGAAGAGAAUCACUGAUAUCUUUGACAAAAUUCCCAUGACAGUUGCUGGCGUGGUUGGUUACCUGGAGUCUGUGUCUCCAUAUCAAGCCUUUAUGAAGAAUGACCCCGAAGCUGCAAAAUCCCUCCUCCAAGAGACUGAAAAGAGGAUGCUGGAGACAAUGGGAGUUUCUUCUCGUGACACCCCAGUGGAGUUCUGGGUGAGGCACGUCUGUGUGCUGGGGUACAAGGGAUGGUGAGAGGAAAACCCUUCUCCUGAUCUGGUGCUGGAAGGGAAGGAAAAAGUGGGUUGUCUCCUAAUACCCUGCUUGUAACCAUCCUCAUUCCUUGGGAAGGUUGAUGCUGAUUUUUGUGAUUAAAAUUUUGAUCUUCUAUGGAGAACAGACAUGGGUUUAUGCCUGCUCUCAGUUCCUGUCCAUGGUGAUCCCCUGGUCUGCCCAGGGCUGUGCCAUCAGCGCUAGAAGGGUCCAGUUUCAGACUCUGGUGGUUGGAUUGCACGUGGGGAUGACAAUCUCAGUAAUGGCUGAGAAACUUGCUGCAUUUCUUAUACAAUUAACAAUAAUAAAGGCUGCGGAAAAAGUU